AUGGAAUCCGAUGAGGACGAGUUACUCGCCUCCAGCCCGGAGACGAGUAAGAGUACUACCGGGAGUACCAGCCACAGUACACCGGUUGUGACAGCAGUGGGUACCAAUCAGGGUACUCGUAAGCCAGAUGUGGAAGCUUCCACCUCCAGCGCCGCCAAGAACACCAACCAAAGUGUAGCCGGUAAAUCCGUUGAUGAAGUGGAGAUAAAGAGGCUACAGGAAACAGUGGAGGAGUAUGAAAGCUUCCUGAAAAGGAAGCAAUCAAAACCACUGGAAGAGAAUACGAAGGCGAACAGUUCCCAGAAAAGGAAUCGCUCCCUCAAUGAACCGCAAGGAACCCAGCUCAAGAAACCUAGGCAGGGUGAAAGCGAGAAGAAUAGUACAAAUGCUGCAAGACACUUCAGCGAUGUAGCCAGGGACUGCCUACAGGUAGCCAUUAUCGACGGAAAUUCAUCCUCACCAAAUACUAUACAGGACAGAUGGGUGGAGAUCGACGUCAGAUUGUCGGGUUCAGUGUUAAGCUAUGUGCUCGACAAUCCUGCGGGUCCUCAUCCGGAGUUUGACUCUUCCGAAACCCUGAAUGGUUACAGGGUGAUCAAAUGUAUGAACCAGUCCUCUCUUGAUUUCCUGACGAGUAGUGUAGAUAAGAUUAGCAACGCCUUUGAGAGCCUCCAAUUGAGGCUUAUACCCGCCAGUGAAAUUCCAAAGAGGCCUCGUGUAGGCAUUUGGUUACCCCCUUUGGAGGGAAACUCAAAGAGUGCUACAGCAAAUCUGACUACCCUCAUAAGUGAGAGGGGCGUCGACAUCAGCCUUAUACAAGAGCCCUGGGUCAAGGAGGACACGAUCAAAGGGCUAAACAGCAGCAAUUUUAAUCUUUUCUAUAUGCGUAAUGAAGGUAAACCUCAGCCUUAUACAAGAGCCCUGGGUCAAGGAGGACACGAUCAAAGGGCUAAACAGCAGCAAUUUUAAUCUUUUCUAUAUGCGUAAUGAAGCACAGCAGAUACCACAGUUGUAAAGGUGGAGCAAAAAGAAAAACAUUUCUUUAUGAUCUCAACCUACAUGGCACAUGAUGGGGACGUACCACCCGCAGCCCUCAGAAAAGUAAUCGAAAACAACAACAGAGAAGAUAUCCUAAUAGGGUGUGAUGCCAACGCCAGGCACACCCUAUUGGGUUAGCUCCAGUACAAAUACCAGAGGUGAGUCGCUAUUACAAUAUAUCGAUACUCUUAGGAUUUCCAACUGGCCCCGAACUGCGAAGGAAAUAUAGGUAUGGGGCGCUAUAAUCGAUUCGGCUUCGGCUAAACGGUUUCAACGCCAAUCACAUACAAUAACUCUUUGAAAGCUGGUAAGACCUUAGGACCUAUGUAUAUACUAUAUAUAACGAUAUUUCUAAUGUGUUAUGAUUGAAGAAAGUUAAAGAUUUCAUUGAGGCGAGUGAACUUAUGAUAUGAUAAUCGUUUUUAUACAAGACAACUUUAAUACCUAUAAUAUCGAUACGUAUGUACAUAGAUUUGAAGACUUUUUGGAGACUUAACUGAUUGCGAAUGCAGAGACUGUGAAAUUUUUGAUUUCCUCUAGACGAAAAGUCCACGCACCAGAAAUUUGUCAUAACACCUUUCAACAAACUACCGUACAAGAACUUUUUUAAAUUCCCUUACUCACUCUGUUUAAGUUAUAAAUAUUUUAAAUACGAUACAACCUGCAACAGCAAUGUUAUAAAAUUUGAAAUAAAGCUGCUCUCAAAA